AUGGCGAAGAAGAAGAAGCCAGCGGGUAAUCCUGCACGUGGCUUUGCCACCACUUCGGUCGCCAGCAAACCAAAAGUGGAGAAGUCUGCUGUCGAUGAGGCCGCCGUCAACAAGGAAAGUGUGCCCACGUCUUCGAAAGACAGUGCAGACGUUGCUAAAACAGCAACCCCAGCUCCUAAGGUGGAAGAAGUCGCCAAGCAGGAAGCAGCUCAAACGCCAGAAGAACUGGAAGCUCAGCUCGAGCGCGAUGAACUUCAGCUGCUUGUUGAGAAGCAUGCUGCCAAGGUGCGGCGAGAGUCUCGCCGGCAGGUCACCAAGUUUGAGACAGACCGCAGAGUCCUUCGUGCGCAGUCUCAUGCUAUGACUGUCCACGAUUGGCUUCCAAGCGAGGUCUUGGAUACUAUCAUAUCGCUAGCGCAAACCGAAUCGAACGAUUCGAAUCGAAGGCAAGGACAGCAACAGUCUUUGCUCAAGGUGAUGUCAGAAGAGGACGCAAUGUCUAAGCUUUGGACCCUGAAUUUGACUUUGCGUGAUCUGGGCUUCUCCCAUGAGCAGAUCGAGCCAGUUCUGAAAUGGCUAUGUGCAGAUGCUGGCGGCAUCGACGCAACAUCUACUGUCUGGGGCCUGCAAGAAGCGCUAGAAUGGCUCGCACUUGACCAGUGCAAAGGACAUGCGUUCUCUUACGAAGAGCCAAAGCCAAAACAAUCAGCUAUAUUCACUCCGGAUGUGUCCCGCCCUGCAUCACCUGUACCGGAUACCUCAGCAGUCAAGACGAACUCAGCCAGCGCUUUCGACCGUGCUUCAAACAAAGCUCCAGCACCCGGACCACCGACUCUGGCUGAUUCAGACCAUGGCGACGUUCACGUCAGCGACAUUGACAGCGAUAUCGACUUAGAAGAGCUCGUGCCAACGUAUCUGAAAAUCAAAAGCAAACUCUACGAAAUCGAUCCUGAGCUUGUCGAGGCCAGCCCACGCAAGAAGGGCCCCAAAGGUAAAAAAGCGGCACCUGUGAAGACGGUACAAUCUCCACAAGUCCGGAAGCUUCUAUCCCAGCUACAGCAACUCGAGUCUGAUACCCUUUUUGACGACCGUGAAGCCGAAGCACAAUGGCCUACGAAGCGAAACGAAAUUGCACAGAACCAAGCGGCUAAAAGACAGCAAGAAACAACACCAUCAAAAUCUGCGCGGAAACAACAAGAGCUUGAAGCACCAGCUGUGCCAGCACCUAUGGAGGAGCCGCAAACAGCCACAAAUGGGAGUGCCGCCGACGACAUCAUGGCUGAGGCCGACAUGCUGGGGGACAUGUUCUCUGCCAUCCCCGAUGAGCCAGCGGCUAACGAAACACUGAGUGAAAAUGCUGAGUCGGGUAACGUUGUAUUACGAGACUUCGGCAAACAAAGUGGCUUGACCCCUCGGCGUUGCCUCGAAGAAGCAAUACGAUCUAGAGAUCCGGGAGCGCGAGUAGCGUACAAGAUGAUCUCCCCUACAACAUAUCGCUGCCGACACGCAGUAACCAUCACAUGGUCGAAGGACCUUGAGGUCGAGUAUGACAUUGACAUAGCCGGAGUAGCGGUCUCUCUGAAAGGUAUUCAGGCAGUCUUCGAAGCCACGACUAUUGCGGCUGUUGGUAUCGAGCAGAGCGAAAGCUUCAUCUCCACAGUAGCUUUGUUCUCCAUCUCUGCUGCUUCAAGUAAAGAAGAAAAAGUGUACCUGCGUCUCCCUCCGAACUGGAGAGACGUCUACCGCGAAUUUCUCGAACACCGCAAGGAACGUAUCGACGCAGAUGACCGCGAAGCUGUCAAAUACUACCGGACCAUCGUUCAAGACCAGAUCGACAACGAAGAGUCCGACGGUGUCGUUCUGACGAACAGAUGGAAGGCUCGUAACCAAGCUGGUACAGGCUCCAGCCUAGCCAACUCCGGCUACAACACUCCCAUUCCCGAGAAACAGGGUCUCCGAGAACUUUGGGCACAGAAAGCAGCGGCCCCGACAUAUCAACACAUGCUCGUUGGAAGGAUGAAUCUUCCAGUCUACGGGUUCAGGGAAUCUAUACUAUCAACCAUUGAAAAGAGCCAGGUCACGAUCAUCUGCGGUGAGACUGGUUGCGGAAAGAGCACGCAGAUACCAUCUUUCAUUCUAGAACAUCAACUUUCCCAGGGCAAGACCUGCAAGGUGUAUUGUACUGAGCCCAGGCGAAUCUCGGCGAUCUCGCUGGCACAACGUGUCAGUGAAGAGCUUGGGGAAGGUCCCAAAGACCUUGGUUCGAUGCGUUCCCUUGUGGGCUACGCUAUUCGCUUAGAGUCCAAGACAUCGGCACAAACUAGGCUCGUUUAUGCUACCGUGGGAGUCGUUUUGCGUAUGUUGGAGGGUCCCAAGGGGCUCGGAGAGGUCACACAUUUGGUCAUUGAUGAGGUUCACGAACGAAGUAUCGAUACCGACUUCUUACUCAUUAUACUACGUACGCUGAUGGACCGUCGGCCCGAGCUAAAGGUCAUUCUCAUGAGUGCGACGGUAGAUGCAGCUCGCUUCUCACGAUACCUCAACGACGCUCCAAUAUUGAACGUGCCCGGUCGGACGUUUCCGGUACAGACGCAAUAUCUGGAAGACGCCAUCGAGUUGACACACUAUGCUGGCUCUGCCGAGGAUGCUCGAAAGACCGGUAACAGUAGUGGCGAUGAUGAUGAGGAAAUCACAUCUGAAAAGUCCGGCAUUCCCAGCAAGCUCCCUGGCUACAGCCCAGCUACCCGCAAUGUACUAUCCACCUACGACGAGUAUGCCAUUGACUACGAUCUGAUCGUUCGAUUGAUCGAAGCAGUGGCAUACGAUCCGCAGCUUAGUCGAUACAGCAGUGCCGUAUUGGUCUUCCUUCCAGGCCUUGCUGAGAUCCGACAGCUCAACGAUAUGCUUGCCAGUCAUCAAUCAUUCAACUCUAACUGGCUGAUAUACCCACUUCACUCUACGAUCUCGAGCGAAGACCAGCAGGCUGCCUUCCUCCUGCCUCCACCAGGCGUACGAAAGAUCGUGAUUGCAACUAAUAUUGCGGAGACUGGUGUGACUAUCCCAGACAUUACCUGUGUCAUCGAUACUGGUAAGCACAAGGAGAUGCGUUUCGAUGAACGUCGGCAGUUGUCGCGCCUAACGCAAUCAUUCAUUGCUCGGGCAAACGCAAAGCAGCGACGUGGUCGUGCAGGCCGUGUCCAAGAAGGGCUAUGCUAUCACUUGUUCACUAAGUACCGCCAUGACAACCUCAUGAUGGACCAGCAAACACCCGAAAUGUUGCGGUUAUCUUUGCAGGAUCUUGUCAUGCGAACAAAGAUCUGCAAGCUCGGGGACAUCGAGUCCACACUAUCUGAAGCUUUAGAUCCUCCAUCCUCUAAGAACAUACGUCGUGCGAUCGAUGCUCUUAUCGAAGUUGACGCACUUACUCCCGGUGAAGAUCUCACCCACCUCGGUCGUCAAAUCGCGAAGCUCCCCCUCGACGCGCAUCUGGGCAAACUGGUGUUGCUGGCGAGUAUGUUUGGCUGCGUAGACGUCGCCAUUACUAUUGCCGCCAUCCUGUCUUCCAAGUCGCCCUUCCUGACACCGUUUGGAGCAAAGCAACGAGCUGAUAUCGCUCGCCUGUCCUUCAAGACUGGCGACUCCGAUCUGCUGACAACUUACAACGCCUACAAAGCCUGGCGCACAGUCUGUACUACCGCUGGCCGGUCGGAAAUGCAGUUCUGUCACAAGAACUUCCUCUCACCUCAAAACCUCGGCAAUAUUGAAGACCUCAAAGCACAGCUGCUGUCUUCUCUCGUCGAAACAGGCUUCGUUCAGAUGUCGCUGGAUGAACGCCGCGCACUCAGCCGCUACCGCUCAACAACGCGCCAUCGCCUCUUCGUCACUGUGCCUUCGCAGUACGACCAUCACUCCUCCAACGACCUCCUCGUCAAUUCGGUCAUCGCAACAGCGUUCUACCCGAAGCUACUCACCCGCGAGGGCAAAGGCUGGCGCAACAUAUCCAACAACCAGACAGUCAGCCUUGCCCCCACCAGCGUCAACAAGGGAACCAAAACGGCCAAAUUCCUGUCGUAUUACCACAUUAUGCAAUCCAGCAACAAGUUUUACAAUGCACACUCGACGUCGAUUGCGCACCCGCUGCCCAUGGUACUCAUGGUAGCCGCCGACAUGGACUUCAAGCUGCACGCAGGCGUCGUCAGCUUCCCCGGAAACAUGGUCAAGUUUACAGUCCGGGAGUGGAGGGCCGCUGUCGCGCUGAAGGUACUCCGGAGGAGGGUCAAGGAGAUUCUGAGCGCGAGCUGGAGGAACCCCGGACGAGUGCUGGGCGAGAGGGAACGCGAGUGGCUGGGCAUCUUUGAGAGGGUGUUUGUCGAGAGGUGGGAGAAGGAUGAGCGGAUCAGAGAGAGGGCGGGUGGGAAGGCCAAGUGA